ACAAUACUUUUAGAGAGAGACACACAAUACUUUUAGAGAGAGAAACUUGAGUUUCCGCGUAUAGAGAUUACACGAUGGAAUUAAGAAGCCAACAAAAGCCCAACCAAAAAAAAAAAGAAAAGAAAAAAAGAAAAAGACGAUCCAUUUCCAUUUCCAUUUCUCUCCCAUGGGUUCUUUUUUUUUUUUUUUGCCCUCUUUUUUACGAGUUCACACUUGGUUUUCACACCAACCCACAUAUUAAAAAUUUUCCCUUUCUCUUUCUUUCCUCCGAAGACGAUCCUUUUUUUUUUCUCUCUCUCUUUCAGAUAUCUAUAUAAUUUUCUCGAGUUUUUGGUAGUCAUGGAAGGGCACCAUCCUCAUCAUCCCCUUCUUCACCUCCACCACCAGCAACAGCAACACCUGCAACACCCGCCGCCGCAUCUCCACCAGAAUCUACCCCUCGCCGCCGACCAAGCCGCCGCCGCCGACAGAUUCCCUCAAUGGAGUAUUCAAGAGACGAAGGAGUUCCUGAUGAUCAGAGCGGAGCUGGAUCAGGCUUUCAUGGAGACCAAACGCAACAAGCUCUUGUGGGAACUCACCGCCUCCAAAAUGAAGCAAAAGGGUUUCAAUCGCAGCGCUGAACAGUGCAAAUGCAAAUGGAAAAACCUCGUUACCCGUUAUAAGGGUUGUGAAACAAUGGAGCCAGAAAUCUCAAGGCAGCAGUUCCCGUUCUACACGGAACUACAAGCGAUAUUCGGAGCCCGAAUGCAACGGAUACUAUUGGCGGAGGCCGAGAGCGGCGGCAGCGGAUCGAGGAAGAAGACGACAACGAUGGCCGCACUAUCGUCCGACGACGACGAAGAAAACGACGACAGCGAGGGCGUCGCAGACACCAAAGUUAGCAGCAGAAAGAGGAAGAAGGCAAAAGCGGCAGCGACAGGCGGGGGCGGGAGCGGAAGCAGUAGCAUAAACCAUCUGAAGGAGAUACUGGAGGAAUUCAUGAACCAGCAGAUGCAAAUGGAGGUGCAAUGGCGGGAGGCGUUCGAGGCGAGGGAAAAAGAGAGGCAAAUUAGGGAAAUUGAAUGGAGGAGAAAUAUGGAAGCUUUAGAGCAGGAGAGAGUAAUGUUGGAGAGAAGAUGGAGAGAGAGAGAGGAGCAAAGAAGGACGAGAGAGGAAGCUAGGGCUGAUAAAAGAGAUGCCUUAAUCACAGCUUUGUUAACAAAGCUCUCAAGAUCAGAUCAUCACCACCAUAAUAUCUAGUACUGUAUACUACUUCUCUUUCUCUCAUAUUUUCAAGUUUUUUUUUUCAAUUUAUUAUUAAACUUCUCUUUUCCUUGAUUAUUUUGCAAUCAAUCCCUCUAGAUACUUGUUUUUUUGCCUCA